AUGGUAGAAGACACCGAAAUGAGGACUAAAGGAAGCAGAAAAGGCAAGAACACCCAGGUUCGGGUCGACAAUAAUGCCACGAGCGAGAACGAGCCGGAGGCCAUCAACGAUGAAGCCGACGGAGACACCGAUUCCGACUCCGACUUUGAUGAUGGCGACAAGCGAUAUAACUUUCGCACCCUAGCAAAGCUCCUUGAACCUGUGCCAAAGCUCACGUCACGAAACUACCAUAGCUGGAGCGCUCACGUGAAAUCUUUCCUCCGAUCCGUGCCUCAUGCGAUGAAACAUCUCGAGGGAACGUACGACAAGAAACACCCGAAAUGGAGCCGCUCCCUUGACGAUGCUUUAAUUAACGCCCUGCGUGGAACAAUCGAUACUACCGGAGAACACAAUGUAAACUACCUCGUUCUAGAUGUAAUCAAGGAGUACCUUACUUUCAACCAAGUAUGGAGAAAGAUCGAAAACGGUCUCACGAAUGAAGCCACCAAGACGUCCCACAGACUUGCGCUUAUCUCGCAACUCAACGAUGCAAAGAUGUUUCACUCGGAUGCCAGAAAGCUAAUCCAAGAGAUCCGGUCCAUACAAACUGAAAGCAGUCUCCUCGGAAAACCAUUCGCCGAUGAUACAUUGUUCUCGGCCCUGCAGAAAUGCACGAUCCGGCAUCCGGUGUACAAGGAGACGGUUGCCACCGUCCAUCAAAUCGACUUCAACGCCCUUGCCACCGCAUUAAGCAUCCGGCAGACUGCUGUCGAGAGUGUCCCCGCACAAAGGAUCGACCCCCGACAAGCCAGCGCUAGAACCGCCGGCAACGACGAUCAAAAUGAACGGGCCGGAGAGACCGAAGCCGAAGCCGACAACAGCCACGCGAGCCCGAGGAACGCAAGCAAACCACGCCGAAUCCGAUGCUGGAUCUGCAAGCGACCGGGACAUGGUAUCAGCCAAUGCGACGCCUUGGAAGCGUGGUGCUCCCUCACCCUCCCAAUGAAAUGGCAGGACCCCUCGAACCCAAAAGAAACAGCUCAUUGGAUCUUGGACUCGGGGGCGAGUUAUCAUAUGGUGAACGACUACAGCAUGCUCAUUCACCCGAGAACUUGCCGAAAGCGGAUAAUUACCGCCGGAAGCGAGGUCUUGGAAGCGGCAGCUAUAGGAGAUGCGAGCAUAUCAACAGAUUACGGGGAAAUCCCUCUGCAAAAUGUAUUGUAUGUAAAGCACCUUAAUGUUAACCUUCUGUCAACAAAUUCAUUAACGGAUGAAGGAGCACGAGUGAUAUUGGACACAACCGGCGGCCAAAUUUUCCUAACAAACGGCAUGACACUUAAGAUUGCAAAGAAUCGCGAGCGAGGACUUCUGGAGUUCCGAGGCGACACAUGGCAAGAAAGCGCGAUGGCCACAUCAGCACCAUUGUUUGAAGGUGUUGAUGAGGAGUUCGAGCAUAUUAAGAAUGAGCCGAAAGUUUCAAAGCAACAACUAUGGCAUGAGCGUCUCGGGCACCCAGGAAGAGAUAAAGCUAAGGCGAUCACAAACAAGUUAAAGGAUAAGCAUACCAUGAAAUUGGAUCCAAACACCGCUCUGACAUGUGAGCAGUGCGUACGAUCCAAGAGCAAAAGCGCUCGGAUGGGGAAAGGUAGCGGCGAGAGAGCCGUAGGGCCCCUGGAUCUUAUCCACGUCGAUCUAAUAAUAGACUCGUCCCACGUGACGGAGUACACAUGCACGUUGGUGCUGGUCGACGAUCAUAGCAAGUAUGUGUAUGCACAGCCAUUGACACGAAAGAGUCAUGCCUUUAUGCAACUUAAAAGGAUUGUUUCGUUCCUGGAGACACAGACGGAUCGGAAGCUAAAAGCGAUCCGAUCCGAUCAAGGAACAGAAUGGAAAAGCAAUGAUGCAUUAGAAUGGUCGCUAGAAAAGGGCAUAGAGUGGCAAACCACCGUAGGGUACAACAGCAAACAAAAUGGACGGGUAGAGAGAAUGAACAGGACCCUUGGAGAGAAGAUGAGAACGUUGCUAAUGCAGAGGAGACUACCGAAGAAGUUCUGGCCAUACGCGAUCAGAGCUGCAGCGUUCAAAAUAAACCUCACUCCGAGCGUUGAUAAUGAAUUCCCUUAUCAAGCGAUGUUUGGCAAGUCGCCGGAACGAGCUUUAAAGCUCCUACGAGUGUUUGGUUGUCUGGCAUGGGUAAACAUACCCAAAGUUAAACGGGACAACAAGAAACUGGACCAGCGAGCCGUUGCAUCCAUUUUCUUAGGGUACAGUCUAGAGAGGAAGGGCUGGCUUUUCUACAGCCCGGACUACAAUCCGAACAUCUUCUGGAGCAAUUCAGCAAAAUUCAUGGAAUCAAAGUGCUGGUCAGACAGAACAGAGUGGCGACCGGUUGAUACAAAGGCACCCCCAAUGACGAUGACAGAAGAAAAUCUCGAAGAUCUAGGAUAUAACAAAGAAAAUAUAUUCGACGAAACAGAUGAAGAGCCACUACGAGAAUACAUGGAUAUGGAGUCAGACUCGGAAGAAAGAUUACGCGAAGGAAUAGCAGAGGUGAUGGAACAAGGACCAAUCGCCGAAACUCAAAUUGACAGCGAAUUUUAUGGACUCGUAGCGACGCGACCGGAACGGAGAAAGAACCUGGACCCAACCAUACAUGAAGCAAUGAAUGGAGAGGACAGAAAGCACUGGGAGGAGGCCAUGCGAAAGGAGCUGGAUGGAUUAGAGGCGAUGGGCACAUGGGAGAUAGUCGACCUUCCAAAGGGUGCAAACACCGUCGACACACGUUGGGUACUCAAGAUCAAAACCGAUGCAAACCUCGUGCCAACAAAGUUCAAAGCCCGGCUCGUGGCAAGAGGUUUCACUCAACGCGAGGGCAUCGACUAUACAGAGGUCUUCGCACCAGUAGCACCUAUCCAAUCCAUUCGAGGGGUGAUCGCGGUCGCAGCAGUACGAGAUUGGGAAAUGGAUUCUAUUGACGUAAAGCAAGCGUACCUGAACUCCACUAUACACCAUGAUGUAUACCUCAAGCCCCCAGUAGGAAUCGAAAUACCACCCGGAAAAGUGUUGAAGGUAGUGAAAGGACUGUACGGUUUGAAACAGUCGGGCCGAGAAUGGAACAUUGAGUUAGACUCACACCUCCGGACGAUCGGAUUUCAUUGCAUGCAGAGCGCUCCAUGCCUAUACUCAAGAGGGACAGGCGACAAGAUCACGAUCAUCACAGCAUACGUGGACGACAUGCUGAUAACAUCACCCAGUCGUGAGGAAGUAGACCGCGCAAAGCGGGAGAUCAUGGACAAAUGGGAGACGCAAGACAAUGGAAGGAUCAAAGAAUUUCUGGGUAUCAAGAUUAUACGUGAUAGAGGACGGAGGAGGAUAUCCCUGAGUCUAACGGCAUACAUCAAGGAAAUGGUGAACAAAUGGUUAGGAGGAGCAAACGAGAAAUCCUGGAUACCCAUGCUGAGUGUAGCAAACACCGCCGGAGGCGAGCGAUGUGAACCUAAGCGAGCAAAGAGGUAUCAAGAAUUGGUCGGCCAACUAUUAUGGGUCUCCAACACAGCCCGACCAGAUAUUGCCUUUGCCGUCGGCGUAUUGGCGCGAUAUAUGUCGAUCCCGAUCGACAGCGCAUGGAAGGCAGCUGUCCACGUGGUAAAGUACCUGAACCAAACGAACGAAUAUCAGUUGCACCUAGGAGGAGAGACAAACGAGCACUCGGAUACACCGGUAACGACGUAUACUGACGCAAACUGGGCAUCCGACCCCACAAAUGGACGAAGAAGUACCUCGGGGUCGAUAACAUAUGUGUAUGGAUGUCCGGUGAGUUGGAAAUCACACGUUCAGAAGUGUGUGGCACUGUCGGCAGUCGAAGCAGAGUUUGUCGCCGCUUCCGAAGCGGUACGAGAAACCUUAUUCUUCUCAUAUUUGCUCCGGGAUUUGGAGGCCACGGGCGUUCGGCCCGUACUAUACACAGACAGCCAGGGGUGCAUACAGGUGAGUAAAGACCCAGCCAAACAUUGGAAGUUAAAGCACAUCGACACACGGUAUCAUUUCGUACGCGAUCACGUACAAGAGGGCGAUGUGGAGAUCAAAUAUGUCGGAACGGCAAACAACGUUGCAGAUGUCUUGACAAAACCCUUACAGGGUCUUAACACCUCACGAUUGGCUAGGAUGAUAGGACUGGAGAUCCCGCCAAAGGGGGGAGUUGAAGAUGCGUCGGCAUCUCAAGCAAGGUGCACGUGUUACGGCCGAGACAUCGAGAUACGGGAGGCUCACAUAAGCGAGGAGCACAAUGAGGUACGCAAUUGUUGUCAUGGUGACAGCACAGUGGCACCCGGUAUCAUAGCAACACAGGGGUACAAAUGA